GCGCGUUUGUUAGUCGUUCGUCAGCCGUCGGUGGGUUCGCGUCGCUUCGUAUUACGUAUUUACAUUGCAGUGCAUCACAGAAUUUUAUCGUGAACAAUAAUAUCGCAGCAUACAAACGGUCGACGCGCGCGUUACAGGAAUAAUUCUCACUUCCUACGCUUCCAGCGAUUAAUCAACAAGCUGUGACUGAUAAAUCAAGAUGGUGUUCGACUGUGGGUCGUGCAUGGCCAAGUACAUCUUGUGCCUGCUGAAUUUCGCGUUCUUCUGGGUUGGUUCCGCCGUUCUUGCAGUCGGCACAUGGCUCGCUGUCGAAAAGGAGUCUUUUAUAAGUCUACUGCGCAUCGUGCCAAAGGAAUACGUAUCGGACUUCACACAACCUGCAGUCAUUGAACAAACAUCAUAUUUACUCAUAGCCGUCGGCGGCUUUAUGUUCCUCAUCAGUUUUCUCGGCUACUGCGGUGCACUGCGAGAAUCUCCAUGUUUACUCACCUGCUAUGGAAUUUGUCUGUUGUGUAUCCUGGUGCUGGAAAUUGCGGCUGUUUCGCUUGCCGUAGUUUAUAAAAACGUCGCUGUUGAUGAAACUCGCGGAUUUCUGAAAGCCACUUUGUCGAAUUACUAUGCAUCGGGUAAUAAGACUGAUGCCGUGACUGUCAUGUGGAAUCAACUGCAAGCCGGCCUGCAAUGUUGCGGAGUUGACGACUAUCAGGACUUUGCGAAUACCGCAUGGAUACGCGAAACUAACAAAGUUAUUCCGGAGUCCUGCUGUGUCCUGGAAGAUUACCUCACGUUGAAACCUCUGUCUCCGACGUGCAUGUCAUCACCAAGUGAAGCUAAUUCAUAUUAUAAGAAUGGUUGUUUUAUGGCCGUUAUGGGUUUGAUAAUGACCCAUAUGAACAUCAUCAUCAUCGUUGGUAUUGGCCUGGCUGUAAUGGAAUUAAUCUGCAUGUUCCUCGCGUUUUGCCUCUGCCAGACGAUCAAAAGUUAUCUCAAGUGUUAGGAAUUUCCUUAGAAUUUAAGUAUCUGUUGAGGGACAGUCCGUACGAAACCAAACACAGUAGGUGACCAUUAUAAUACUCUUUUUUAUGGACGUAAACGCGAAUUUAUUAGCCCAAACAGUGCGCACGAGGCACGACGAACAAGAAAAUAUCUAGUCGUUUAAGAAUUCUAACAAAUACUGCAUGUUUCAAUUGUUUUUCACACUGGAAUUUAUUAUAUUAUUACAAUUAGCAGCAUGUAUGGGAAUGAUGAUGAGUAUGAGUGUUUUUGUUUGAUUGAUUGAUUGAUUGAUUGAAUGAUUGGAUGAAUCACAUAGUGAAUAUGUGUCUGUGGAAUUGAUGCAAAAGUUUCUAUUUGAGCCGAUGUGCCAAUGACGUUUUUGUAUAAUAGUUGUAAUAGUGUAAAUGAGAUUUGACCAAAAUUUGAUGCGUAGAUGUUGUUUUUUUCAUAUCGCGUGCUCGCGUUGCACGCCACUCGUAUUUACGAUUAAGAUUUAAUGUAAUUAGUAAUAUUUAUGACAUUUUUUUCAAAAAUAAACAAUGUUUAUUGCAAAUUAA